GCUUCUUGUUUGCUUCAUAUUUUUUGGUUCUUCCUAUUAGCCUUCUUGAUUACUUUCCAAUAUGGGAACAAGCAAAGCUGAAGGAAAGAGGAACUUGAAGGAAAUAGAAGAUGAAGAGGAAGAUGAUGAUGAAGAAGAAGAUAUUUAUACUGGGUUAGGGUUUGGAGAUGAUGACAAGAUCAAGAAGAAAGGAAGAACAGGGUCUGGUUGUGGUGGUGGUGGUGGUAGGUCGUCGUCAAGUCCGCCAAUUUCUUGUCAAGCAAACAAUUGCACAGCUGAUAUGACCGAUGCCAAGCGAUACCAUAAACGCCAUAAGGUGUGUGAGUUCCAUGCCAAAGCUUCUUCUGUACUUGUAAAUGGAGUCCAACAACGCUUUUGCCAGCAAUGUAGCAGGUUCCAUGAUUUAUCUGAGUUUGAUGACAGCAAAAGGAGUUGCCGGAGGCGUUUAGCGGGGCACAAUGAACGGCGUAGGAAAAGCUCGUCUGACAACCAAGGAGAAGGCUCAAAUUGACGAAAGGACUGCUCAGGUGUACAGGAGGUAUGAUCACAGAGCAAAAGAGGGAGACAAUUACAUGUUAUUUCCCCAUAAGCGGCCUCUUCCAAGCAUUAUUUAAUUAGAUUGGUUAGAAUAUCUAAAUAUAUAUGUGAUCUCUGGCAUGCUCUCUCUCUUCUGUCAAUCUUUAGCUUUAAUAUAAUAAUAAUAAUAAUAAUCUAUGAUGUGUACUAAUAUUCAAUAAAUGGAUGCGACUGGAAGUCUUCUAUCUAA